AUGACUCCGUCGUGCAGCGGAGGCAAUUGCAGAGCUCGAAGCGUGGCGAGCGAUGUUGCAGAAAUCAGCAUCUGGCAAAGACAAACAGGAGCUGUUAGCUAUCAAAAUAUUGGAUUUUUUUUGAAAUGUGGAGACGUACCGAGUGCUCGAACGGCGUUGGUGAUGGCGUCGUUGACGGUGGAUUCCUGUGCAAGCUGUUCGAGAAUGCGAGGGAAAAUAUUCUCGGCGCAGAAGCGCGAGGCGCGGUCGCCAGCGUGGCCGUCGAAGAUGCCGAAGCAGCCGCUGGCCGAGCUGGUGUAUCCGUUGAGUGUGAGCCUCUCUACGACUUUGCCCCCGAUGAAGUAUGCGUCCUGUUGGGUGUCAAAAAUUGCAUCAGAAAUCAGCACUGGGUUGCGGAGAACGAAAUUUGAAGUAUAUUCUAUGAAGAGGACGUACCUCCUGGUUGAGUUUGCCGCCGCGGUCGGUGGCGAUGCCGACAGGUACGUCGUACAAGUCAUCGGUCUCGAGCUGCUUGGAGGCGGGGCUGAUAGCCGUGAACUCGUCGGAUUUGGAGGACGUGGGUUGUUUCCGUUUGUGGUGGAGCUGGACUCCGGUCAUGGAUGA